AUGGCCGCCCCUGUCACGCGGCAGGUCAGCGGCCUCGCGGGCCCGGCCCUGGCCCCGAGCGGCCCCGAGCGCGGGCAGCCCUUGGCGGCGGCCGUGGCCGAGCUGCCGCUGCUGGACGCCGCCGGCGCGCGGGUGCCGUUCGGGGCGCUGUUCCGAGAGCGCCGGGCCGUCGUGGUGUUCGUGCGGCAUUUCCUGUGUUACACCUGCAAGGAGUACGUGGAAGACCUGGCCCGGGUCCCCAGCAGCUUCCUACAGGAAGCAAAUGUCUCCCUUAUAGUGAUUGGACAGUCAUCCUACCAUCAUAUUGAGCCUUUCUGCAAACUGACUGGGUAUUCUCAUGAAAUCUAUGUGGAUCCUGAGAGAGAAAUUUAUAAAAAAUUGGGAAUGAAAAGAGGUGAAGAAAUUGCCUCCUCAGGACAGAGCCCCCACGUAAAGUCAAACCUACUGUCAGGAAGCCUUCGGAGCCUGUGGCGGGCAGUGACUGGGCCUCUUUUUGAUUUUCAAGGAGACCCCGCCCAGCAAGGCGGAACCCUCAUCUUAGGUCCAGGUAACACCAUCCAUUUUAUACAUCGCGAUAGGAACAGGUUGGAUCACAAACCCAUAAACUCUGUUUUACAGCUGGUAGGAGUUCAGCACGUGAACUUUACUAGCAGACCUUCAGUUCUCCAUGUGUGACUCAAUAUGGAAUCUGUUGCUUGCAAGUGGACCCUUAUGAAUGUGACCUGAAAUGUGGGGGUGUAAUAUUCUGGUGCAGUGUCUAACUUGCUGGCUCUUCCCAGCCUUUGAGGGCUUAUGAAAACAUAAAGAGACCAUGUACCAGUUGAAUUGCAUGCUGAGAGGCAUCAGUUGUCAAUAUGAUAUAUAUUUUUAAUUUCAUAGCUUUUAAAGUUCUAUAAAAUAACAAAUACACAAAAUAAAACUUUAAUAGCUGUAAAAAUACAAAUACACAGAAUAAAAUUUUAAAACUGUAAAAUUAUAAAUACCACUCUUUAAAAUCUUUUACAGUAUGGUAUAUCCAUUCAUUGAAAGAUUUUUUUUGGCAAUUAAAAUCAUAAAUUCUUAUGAAGAAUAUAUAAGACAAUGAGAAAGCAACUCAAUACCAUUUUAUUCAGUAGAAAUAAGAUAUCAAAUUCUGUAAACAAUAUAACCACAUAUGUAUAUAUAUUUUUUUAUAUGCUUAGAAAAAAGACAGGAAAUCCAUAUGACAGGAUAUUACGAGUAGGUAUUUCUAUGUGGUAAGAUUACAUGUGUUUUUAUCUUCUUUUCUAUACUUUUCUGUAUUCUCAACUAUUCUGUAAUGAGCAUGAUUAAAGUUUUUUUGGCCAGGGCCAAGCCCGUGGCACACACAGGAGAGUGCUGUGCUGGGAGCGCAGCAACGCUCCCGCCGCGGAUUCGGAUCCUAUAUAGGAAUGGCCGGUGCACUCACUGGCUGAGUGCCGGUCACUAGGACUGGCCAGUGCACUCACUGGCUGAGUGCCGGUCACGAAAAGGACAAAAAAAAAAAGUUUUUUUGGCCAGGAAAAGGUCCUUAAACAUUAUAUGACAAAUAUAUACCUACAUAACAACCUCCACAAAAGUGCACAUCAUACAGGCUGCAGUCCACAUUUCCAUGGAGAUUGGUUCACUCAGAGGAACUGUGGCAAACCGAAGCUCUCCCACAGUGUCCAGAGCACCUGGUCACUGCACGCUCCCCAGCCGUUCCAACAGGGUUUUUUUGGGGGGGGGGGUAGAGGGGGAAAUUAAGGAGAAAAAUAUUUGUUUUAGAUAUUUAAAACAUGUAUUUAAAGUGUGGUCAGUAUGCUUUUUGAAAGAAUUUUAAGAAUUGUUUAAAUUUUAAAAACUCACUUAAAUGUACACUGUAGUUUGGUUGCACAUUCUUAGACAUUGCUAUUUCUCUCCUCCAAAUUGCUCUUCAUGGGCCAAGCCCGUGGCGCACUCGGGAGAGUGCGGCACUGGGAGCGCAGCGACGCUCCUGCCGCGGGUUCGGAUCCUAUAUAGGAAUGGCCGGUGCCCUCACUGGCUGAGUACCGGUCACGUAAAGGACAAAAAAAAAAAUAAAAUUAACCUUAAAAAAAAAAAAAAAUUGCUCUUCAUUAAAGGACUAUUGUCAUCUUUUAUUUUUCUAGAAUCUUAAUAUGUUUAGUGGGGAAGUGUUCCUGAAAUUGAUGAAAAUCACAGAAAAAUCAAAAUAGUGGUAAUUUUUAGCAAGUAUAAUACGCUUUGAACUUAAUACUUUUAUAUAAAGACUAUGAAGCCACAAAAAAUAGAUUUAGUAUAUCCAAAUAUGUCACUGUAUUUUCAUGUCUAUAUACAGGAACAAUCACAGGUUUUGUUGUUGUUGUUGCUUUUAUAAUUUUGUAAAGUUUACCGGGAGCCAAAUGUGAGGAUCAACUGCGGAAACAUCAUUCAACACAGAGAAAUGCUCCCAGACAAUCAUGUUUUUUAAAAAUUUUAUUUUGGUGGCUGGCUGGUACAGGGAUUAAACUCUGGACCUUGGUGUUAUCAGCCCCACACUCUAACCAAAUGAGCUAACCAGUCAGUCCAAAUCAUGUUUUUAAAUCAAUAAAAAUGAAAUAUCUCAUAAA